GGCGUCUCAUGGUUACGACGAGAAUCACGAGGUCCCUGGACGCUGGAGACACCGGCUCGGCCGCGAGAGUGGGAUUAUAUACCACUGGGGGGCCUCCUUUGUCAAGCAUGGGGUGUUAGACUGAUCACUGAAGCCACUGACGAACACCCGCGACAUUCCUCCCCUCAGUAUCCAAAGCCUCUAUCUACAAUUUCCUAGUCUCAACCACCCCAUUCUUCAUCAUGUCUCCCUCCCAAGAAACCAUCCCCGACGCCAGCGGUGCAGCUCCGCGCGAGCUCUCCCAAGUCCUCGCCAUAAACCGCUCCACCAAAGCCUUCUCCUCCUACGCCGUCUCCCUCGUCUCGCUCCCAGCCGGCGCGCUCUAUGCCCCGAUCACAACCGCCACCCCCGGCGUGAAGGCGUACACGUCCGUGCAAGUCUCGGAGACCGCACACAUCGAGCUGAACAGCGACCUGGUGUUCUGCAACCACUCGUGCGACCCGAGCCUAAUCUUCGACAUGGAGCGGAACGAGGUGCGGGUGGUCGACGAGCGGGCGCUAAAGGAGGGGGAGAAGGUGACGUUUUUCUAUCCGAGUACCGAGUGGGAGAUGGCGCAGCCGUUCGAUUGCACGUGUGGGACGGAGCGGUGCGUGAAGAGGAUCAGUGGGGCGAAGGAUAUGGAUGAAGAGGUGUUGAAGCGGUAUCGCUUGAAUGGGCAUAUUGAGAGGCUGCUGGAGCAGAGGAGGAAGGAGAGGGGGCAGAAUGGAAAUGCCAAUGGGCAUCCUACCAACGGACAUGCGACCAAUGGCACGGCAUGAGCGGACGGCACAGUGGCAAUAGAAUAUGAGGGACUCGAUUGAAUGAGACCAA